AUGGGCGAUGUGUCGUCCAUGACUAUCUUGGGCCGUCGGUAUGAAAAAGGGGACGGUGUGGACAUGGAUGCUGAAACAGCUGCCUUUUACUACUACCACGCUGCCGCCGAAGCGUCGCGGGCGUACCAUGUGCGCGGGAACCAGCCCCUACACGAAAUGAACUCGUUGUUUCACGCAGACGACGUGAAUGUGGCCGAAGGCCAAGAAGGCGACAACGACAAGUGGAUUCAGUUUCAAAAGAUGCGUGCCGACAAGGAUGAGGACGUGGAGGCCAUGGUCGCGAUGGGGGACUUGCAUUAUUGGGGGGCCCGUGGAUGUGUUCGAGAUCACUCGCUGGCGUUUCAGUACUUUGAGCGCGCGGCGACCCUGGGCAGUCCCCACGGCAUGUCAGCUGCCGGUGGCAUGCUCUUGAAGGGGGAAGGCACCGCUCAAGAUAACGAAACGGCCAUUCGCUGGUAUGAACAAGCCGCCACGUUCCACAACGUCCGCGCGCUCAACGGGCUCGGAUACAUCCACUUUUACGGCACGGCAAACUGCACCCAGAACCAGACAAAGGGCCUCGAGUACUUUGAGCAAGCGGCGGCGCAACACACGGACGGGGACAGUUUGUUCAACGCGGGGUAUUGCCACUUUGCCGGCCACGGGACCCCCGCGAAUGCGACGCGUGCGCUAGCGUACUUUCGCGACGCCGCGCGAUCAUUUGGUCAUUUCGACUCGAUCUUCGAGCUCGGCAAGGUAGCUCUGAACGUGGACGGAACGUUCGACGAUCGACAUCUGGGCGACGGCAUCACAUACCUCCGGGCGGCGAGUGCGGCGGGGGACUGGGGCAAAGUGGCUCGGCAAGGCUUCGACGCGUACCUGAAGCACGAGUACCACCACGCGAUUUGGCUGUAUCAUGAGGCGCGGGAGUAUGGGUAUCCUGUGGCCGCGGGCAAUCUUGCGUUUCUGUAUGACGCAGCGGGCCUGAAUAACUCGGCCACGUACCUGCUCGAGGCGACCGAAGUCGAAGCGUCGUUGCGGUUGGGCGAUUGCUAUUACUAUGGCAAGUGCGGCGUUGAGUCUAGCGUUCAGUUGGCAAUGUACUGGUACACCCGCGCCAGCGCGGACGGCGUUAGUGUGGGUGCGUACAACGUGGGCUUUAUGAACGAAUUCGGCAUCGGUGGCCUUCCCGUCAACGUAGACCGCGCCAAGCAGUACUACGAACGCGCGAUGGACUUGUCGCCGUCGUGGGAGACGUGGUUUGUGAUCACAUUGUCCAUGUACAGGUUGAAGUUUGGCUCGAGCUUUGGAAGGGCGACGACAACCGCUGCAGCAUAUUCGUCCGUGAAGGACAGCUUCCAUCCAGCGUCAACGUUGCCAACCAUCGACUGGGAAAACAUUGGGCUAGGUGUUGUAGUCGUAGGCUUAGUAGCCGUGUUGUCGGUGCAGUAUCUCCGUCGGUCUUGA